AUGACAGGGCACUCAGAUGAAGAGGCAGCAUCUCUGUCUAUGAAGCAGUGUAGAGAAAAACGCGUAUCAUUUCCCCCAGAUGAGGAGAUGGUGUCGGCUUUUGUGGAAAGUGAGGUUGAGCUUCGAGGAGCUGAGAGCCUUACUUUGACAGAUGUAAUUCUGGCCUAUAUGCAGAGCUGUGAAAAACACAACGUGCCACCAAACCCAAAAGCCCUCGAUCAAUUAAAGCAAAUAAACUGUGUUACUGACCGAGCCAGGUGUCUUGACCUAUCAGGUGAACGGUUAGAUUAUUGCUCCUGUGAGUCUCUCGAAGAGAUCCUAAAAUCAGUGCAAUUUGAUUUUAUCAGUCUGCGGGGGGCUGAGCUGGAAGAAAAUGGAGCGUCAUCCUUGCUGGAUAUGUUUCUCUACUAUGGCUCUGCAACACACCUUGAUGUGUCCUCAAAUUCAGGCUUGGGGUUCUCGGGUUGGCUGUCACUGUCACACCUUCUCAAACAGAGUGGAUGCCUGUGGAGGCUGGAUGCUUGCAACAUGCCCAUGGUGGACUAUGCUGCACAGACCUUGUCAAAAGCCCUUCUCACCAGCAGGCUGACAGUGCUACACCUUGAAAACACUCGCCUGAGCGGCAAACCUCUCUUCACACUUGUCGGUGCUCUCAAAAAGAACACUGCUUUGCAGGAGCUGUACCUCUGUGAAAACAACUUCAACGGGUACCAGGACUCCUUGCAACUUGGUGACCUCUUGAAAUACAACAGCAUUCUCAAGAUCUUGGAUCUAAGCAACAAUCCCAUAACUGAUUCAGGUCUGGAGGAAAUUUGCGACGCUUUGAGCUUCCAGAAGACUGGUUUGAAAACGCUGAUACUGAGUAACAAUCAAAUCACUCAUCUUGGCAUGAGCCAUCUACAGAAAAUUCUGCCUCGCUUAAAAACGCUCGAAACAUUAAACCUUGACAAAAACAACCUUGAGAACAGAGGCAUUCACACGUUGAAAGAGUCCCUCAUGAUCAAUCGCUCUUUAUUGCAACUUGGCUUAGCAUCUACAGGAAUAACAUGUGAGGGUGCUGUGACUUUGGCUGAGAUCCUUGCAGAGAACUUAAAGAUCCAGCGCUUGGACAUACGUCACAACCAGGUGCUCACCGGGGGGCUUAUGGCUCUGACACUAGGCCUAAAGAUCAACCAUACACUCAUUAGUCUGGAUCUGGACCAGCACCUCAAAGAGGAGAAGGACGAGUUCCUGAUCGAGACGCAGAAGAUGCUCCUGUGCAGGAUUUCCGAUCUGUGCGCGGCAAACGCGGCGGCCUCUGAAGAGACGGCCCAGCGGCCCGCUCCUCCAAACGUGGCAGACCGCAGCGCGACCACCCCUUCUCUCCCCAACUCGCUUCCCCGUCCAAACAGCUGACGAGAAGACAUAUAAGCAUAAUAAUUCUAUCGCAAAUAAUGAUAACCAUAAAACUCCAAAUCCUUGUAAUAAAGCCGAAGCCUCUCUCCCUAAUGAAACAGUGGCCCUCCUGCUGUUUCCUGUCUAAUGUUCCCGUCGAGGCUUCCUCCACUUUCCAUAAAGCAAUUUUGCAAGCCCACUCCCAACGUGAUUCAUCUAGAAAUGAAGAGAACUGCUCGGAAGCCUCUCUUUUCUCUCCCUCCAUCUCUCUUCACGUCCCUCGAGGGUGACUCUGACUAAAUCUGUGUUGAUACAUAGGUGCGCUCUAAAUCCUGUUUGCUCGGCUUCCAUCUUCCCUAAUAUUCACACUCGUGUACGAGACCUCUUCCCUGCCUGCGUCUGCUAAUGUAGCGUAUCGCCGUCCGGAUGACAAGACGACAUCGCAGAGUGCCUCAAACGCUCUCUCGCGUGUAUCGUUUACCGGCGGCGGAGAGAAUCACAAUGUGUGGGAAGGAGAACAUAUGUUAAAUUUAAGAAGCUGAGAUCUACCUUUGCGUAGGUCUUAGUUUACAUGCGCUAUUCAACGGUAGCCGGCGACAAAGGAAUGUGUCACGGUGGGGAAUCGUUGUACCCCCGUUUUUUAUGGUUUACAUUGUGAAAUCACAUGAAAAGGUGUUAUAUGAGAAAAUAUAGGCGGCUUAUAUGAAACACAGACAAAAUACCAUCUGCUGUACAGUAUGACAACCGUGUCUUUAAAUUCGAGUUAAUUAAUACAUUUCUAUAGUGAAUUAAAAACAACCAUAGUUUGUAAAAUUAAAUAAAUGUGAGUUUGAACUGAAAGACUUUUUAAUUCCAUUAUUUCUAUUGAAUUUAUCCAACACAUUUAUUGUCAACUUGUUAAAAAGUGUUUGCCUAUUAAAUAAAUCUAAACCAUCAUUCUAAAACAAGAAAAUGUAAGAAAUGGAAAUGAUUAAUCAGCAACACGCAUUGCAUAUUAAAACCACAGUACUCAACACUCCAAAAUCCGAAUGCUUUUCUUAGCAAAUCCCAAAUUACUCAAAGAUUCUUUGAUUGACAGAUGAAAAAGGAUAACUGUAUUUAGCCAGGGACGAUCUUUUCUCGUCUGCCGUGAUUUGGGUCUCAUGGAGGAUUGGCCCCCCGGUGUCUGCCCCCUUCCUUUCCCGGCACGGGGCAGGGGCAGAUUGACAGAACAGCAUGGGGGCGCCCGCCGCUGUGCCAACAGCCCCCCCACGCUCUACCUGAUGUUUUUAACAAAGGCUUCCAUCUCACCAAGUCUGCCGCCGAACAUCGCCCAGCCAGCUUCAACCCGCCCCAGCUCAGGAACAAACAGACUUUGAAACCCGAUCGCAAGGAUGUUGGGAACAGAUGCAAAGACGCUCAGAGUGAUGCGGUCUGUACGGCGGUACUCAAAGAUAAAUGUCAAACAUUUUUCAGUGCAGAGCCCAAGAAAUUGGACAGUUGUUAGUGAGCACCAUGGUGACAAUUGACAGGUGGGUAUCAGUAGGCCUGUUUUCCAUGGCGUAUAUUUUCAUUUACGGGAGGCUGGGGCUAGUUGUCACGCUCUGUACUGGAUUUCAGGGAAUAUUUCAACUUUUUCAAAGUCGGUUUCUGUGAAGGCAUGAAGCAUAAAGUCACAC